AUGGCCCAAACAGGCCAGAACACUACCCUCUCCACUUCAGCACGUCUGCUUUGCUACCUAGGACCGCCAUCAGUCGUGCUCGCCACCUCCUACAUCUCACCCAAGACCGGACUGCUGUCACCGCUUGCCUUUGUUCCCACGGCAUAUGCUUACAGAAAAUGGCGCGAAGUAAACGCCAGCGAGCCCUCGCGACGAGCGCCGUUGGAACCUUUGGUAUGGACGUAUGCACUGAUGUGCACUGCCGGCAUUGCCGCCGUCUCCGCCUUGCAAGCGGGUGUGGGAUAUGGUUUGGCUACACUCUUCUACGGCAACGGCGAAGGAAGAAACCUCUUCCUGGAAGAAGUGAUGCGCAACACCGUAGCUGGCCUCUCUCCAGAUUUUAUCACUCGUCGAGCUGAAAUGGCGUCCUCCUGGAGAUACAUUGGCUUCUAUUCCCUGACCUGCUUCGCCGCUGCUGGGCUGGGAGAAGAGGUUCUGAAGUUCCUUCCGGUAGUCUAUGCGCACCGUCGGUCACCUCCGAAGGAGAGAGAACCGCGCAAUCGUGCGUACCUGGACUAUGCUAUGGCGGCAUCUCUCGCCUUUGGCGUCGUGGAAGGGAUUGGGUUCUUGUACACAGCCUGUGAACGUGGAAGCGAAAGUGGUUCGAAGCUCGCGCUCACUGUCCUCGAACGGCUGGUCCUGGGCUCAUGCGGUCAUAUCCUCAUGGCGGUGCUGUCAGCACUGAGGGCGACGCGAAGAGACUACUGUGGAGAAACGCAUCUAAGCUGGUGGAAAGUACUUGGUCCCUCCGUACUCGUCCAUGGCUUCUUCGAUGCCGCCGCUCUCGCCUUCAGCUCUUACGAAGGCAACGUCGGUUGGAUCCACCCCGAAAGUAUCUCCACGACAGCAGUGAUGCUGACGACAGCCGUUGGUGUAUGGGCUGGUACUGCUUGGAUGGUUUGGAGAGAAUUUAAGCUCCUAGCUGCUCACGACAAGAAAGAGUAA